AUUUCAUUCGCUUCACUCAUAAUAUGGUCCACAAACUAAUCCUUUAUAUUUUCAAAUAUGAGUUUAUUUUAUUUCUCUAUUAUACUGAUUGAGUUUUUAAACGUAUUUCACGCUAAAUGCGAGAAAUUUGAUUGUCUCAUAGACCAGAAGGUGGGAUACGACGACCCGAGCAAUAUAUACCAGUGCAAAGACACCGAAAACUGUUGUAUAGAAUUCGCGAGGCCUUCCUGUUGUAAGAGUAAACCAGGCAUUCAAAUAGUUGGAGAGCAGCUAUCCAUUUGGGGCACUCUAUUCGGCAUCUUGUUUGUCAUAUCGGCGAUCGUCUACUGCAGGAAAAAGGACUUAUAUUUGAUUAAAUACAUCAAAAAGUGUUGCAUUGCGUGUUGUUGUGGUCGACAGACAGAGAGCGAGGAAACUGAGAGAAACAAUAUCAUCCAUACUAUCAGUAGAGCUGAGGCCGACUCCACAUUAUCAAGAACUAAUGAU